GGGGUGUCGUGGGUCCGUCCGUAGCUAAAGCGAGAGGCCUGUGAGUCGGGACUAGCGCGUCCUCAGCAUAUUUCAGGCUCCACGUCCCGCCUGGGACACGGGCUAGUGACUCCCUGCCCCAAAGGGCUGCCUAGCGAGAGGCUGCGGUCAUCGAUGUUUCUGCACUCAAAUGGCGAUAGAGGCUUUGAGAACGUGGAACUGGGGAUCAUAGGGAAAAAGAAGAAAAUUCCAAGAAGGGUCAUUCAUUUUGCAAGUGGAGAAACCAUGGAAGAAUAUAGCACAGAUGAAGAGGAAGAUUUAGAACAAGAAAAAAAAGAUCUCUUGCCUUCAAUUGAUCCUACUACGCUUGCCUGGGGACCCUAUUUUUGGUUUCAUAUGCUGAAAGUUGCCACGUCAACCUUAUCAGUAUGUGAUUUCCUUGGGGAAAAGAUUGCAUCUGUAUUGGGCAUAAGUACACCAAAAUACCAGUAUGCCAUUGAUGAGUAUUACCGGAUGAAGAAGGAGGAGGAGGAAGAGGAGGAAGACAACAAAAUGUCAGAAGAGGCAGAGAGACGAUAUCAAGAGCAGCAGAGUAAACCACAAAAUGAGACUACUGUCCAGACAGACCAACCAGAGGCAACAGCAUGUAGUGCAUUUGUGAAUCUCAACUUUGAAACUGAGGGAGAGUGUCAAUCUAUUGCAGAAAGUAAACAAGACUUAACCGCUGUCCCUACUUAAUAUAAGAUUUUGCAUAAUGCCAAUUUUUUAAAAUUGGCAGCUAAAAUGUGGGAAAAGUCUUGCUAUACUUUUUCAGUGGAAUGUAAUUCAUUUGAAACUCUGGCCAGGAGAGAGCUAAAUAAUGCCUGUUCAGUCCACAGCUAUCAAAUCUAGGCUAAAACAUUGCCAGACAGACACUUCUGUUGGAGGGGAAAAAAAAAAUUUAGAGAACAAAAUCAAUUGGGUCUAAAUUAAAUAUGCUACACCUUCCAUCUUUUUCUGCAGUGCAGGUAAAAAUUUAUCUAAUCUUUUCCCUGAACAUCUGGUACCUGACACCUGUGGAUUGAAGAUAACACUGUUUUCUACUUCUAAAAAGCCUAUUUUGUAUUUAUAAAAAUCCAUAUUGAACAUGAGCUCUCUAUGAAUAAUUUUCUAAUUAGAACUGAUUUCACACAAGGCACCUUAGUGACUUCCAAGUUCCCAAUGUCCUUAUUUAUUGUCAGCUUUUUAUGUAUUUAUUUUUUUUAGACACGAGCUUUAACCUAAAGGGUCUGAGUGCCUGUUGAAACAAUUUCCUCUUUUAAAAGGAAUGUGUAAGCUCUAUUUAGAACUUGCUCAGUUAAAGCUACAUCAGUUGUGGAGGUCAGAGGUGCUGAGACAACAAACUCUAACAAAAGAACAGUACAAGUAUCGUCUACAUGAAGCACAUUCUCAAACCAUUUAUGAGAGAGACUUCUCCUAGCCAGAUACCUACAUAGUUUCAGUAGGUUACAGAAGGUUCUAGGAAGUAAAUUUAAAGUAUGAUUACUGGGCAACAGAGCUAGUGCCUGGGAUUGGGUGGGAAGGGCAAAGGGGGCAGCUGCUCUGGGGCCCAGUGAUUUAAAAGAGCCUGGGGCUCGCAGCUGCUGCUGCUAUACAGCACCUUAGGCCCUUUAAAUCACCACCACAACCCUGGGCAGCACAUGUCCACUACUCCCCAGCCCCACUCCUUCCACUCCCUUUCCCCAGCUCAGUGAAGUCUGUCCUCCGGCCUGACUGGGCUUGAAUUAAAGCUUAUUGGUUAAUGUUAUAGAUUAUACACAUUCAAAUGCAAACCCUGCUGCCGCUCUGAAUUUAAAAUAUAGUAGGAGCUGGAUGGGUGGGCGGGCAGGCAGCCCAGCUCAGUCCUGACUCACACCAGGUGCCAAAGCAAACCCCGCUGCGACUGUAGUUUAAAUGUAGUAAAAGCUGGACACAGGCAGCCUAGCUUCUGCUACAUGUAAACUAUAAAGCCAUGGCAGGGUUUUGGACUCAGUGUGAGCUGGGGCUGACCUGGACUUUUACUACAUUUAAAAUGCAGAACUGACCUGCUGCGGAUUUGCAUUUGAGUGUAUGUAGUUGAUAGCAUCCCUAGUGUAGCUAAAAGUGCUCUAUUUGACUGCUUGGGAUGCUCUGGAGUACUUAUGUGAUGUUCAGUCUCCAUAUUAUUACCUGAAUGGAUUAUUUGUAUACAUCAUGCAAAAAUAUUUUAUUUGGUUGCAAGUGAGGAGUUCAGCUUUGCAGCUCUUUUCCCCUCUGAAGCAUUUAAAAGUGAACUAAAAAUACAGGCUAUAUUUCAAUAUUAGAAAUUGCUUCUUUGAGAGAUUCUGUUUAGCUGAAGAACUAAUCAAAAUUGCUUUUCAGGCUUUUCAGUUAAAAUUUCUUUCAAAAUCUAUGUAACUGAAAUUAAGACUAAGCUUUCUUUUAAAAUUGUAGCAUCUGCAUCUUUGUAUUGGAAACAGUUGUAUCCAGGGGAAGACGCUGCUCUUCUACUUAGAGGCUACUGUAAAUCAGGAGCAAAUGAUGAUUAGGGAGGAAGAAGUUAACUAAGGAAAGAAUCAAUUUUCUUUGCUAACUUACAAAAAAAAUUUUUUUCAGACCACUCACACCUGAGUUCUUUAGGGUAAGGGAGGAAGGAACUGGCGUAUUCCCCAAGCUUUUGCUGUGGAGAGUGUUGGUAGGUAAAUAUAAUAGGGGUGUACAGUUUUGUCUACUAAUUUCAAAUGAAAAUGUUACUGUAAAAUUAUGAGAAACAAAUCUUGAGUGAGAUUCUUGUGCAGUACGGCCCACAAGGGGCAAAGUUGCCACCUUUAGAGCUUUCUGAUUCUGACUACUCUAAGGGACUUCCUGACCUAUGACAAUCUUCCUGAGGUGUGGUACUA